AUGGAAUUAAUUAUAAAUCAAAUAUUUUUGGAUGUUUUUGUUACAGAGGAACCUCUGCUACUCCCUAGACUAACGGUUGAGAAGUCGAAAUACUCCAACAACGAACGGAUAAGGGCUAACUGCACUUCUGAGGCAGCCUUCCCUGCCGCCAAUCUAACCUGGCUAAUCAAUAAUAUACAGUUACGCGAAAACCCACCGGCCAUCCGCGUACACACACGGCUACUCACGGACCAGUCACGAGGCCUUGAGACCGCAGUGUCCAGCCUGGCAUUAGAGGCAAGGCCCGGCUACUUCGUGGAGGGGCGACUGCAGUUGACCUGUGUGGCCACCCAGUAUCACAUCUACAGGAGGAAUGCCACUGUGCUGCUGCAGGAGGAUACGCCUCAAAUUGCGCCUGUUAUGGGGGCAACAGCACCUCAUUCACAUCCCGAGUCACGAGCUUCCCUGAUGUCUACUGACUGUACCAUUCUCUUGCUGCUGGUUUUGACAGUGACUGUACUAUCGAGGUAGCGCCUUUAGACCCAUUCUCAGUGUGCGUGUUAAAAUUGAAAGUUUGAAGUUUCAAGUUAAGAGUUGCAAGAGUGAUGAAAAUAAAUAAAAAAUAAUGCGAUGAAGAAAAUGUAAAUUAAAAUAAAAUCGCCCAACGCCAUAUUAACUAGUCCAUUCAUAAUAAAAAACUAGAACUUAUUAUUUAUAAGUUAUAAAAAACUUAGUUACUAUGACGAACUGAUUGAUAAAAGACAUAGGAUGAUUGCAUAACUAUAUUAUGAUACGAACUAUUGGAACUUUUUUAUAUAUAGCUAAAGUAUAAUGGAAAGCUCAUUUUGUUCUACGAUAACUUAGAUGUAAGGACGGUUUAAGUACAUUGAUAUUAUGAAGAUAUAAUGAUCACAGUUGAGUAUUGAGUAUUAUGAUAAUUAUAAAUUGUCCAUAAGGUUGUUCUAUGUAAGUGAUAAGUUGAGAGUUAUGUAAGAUAUGUGAGAGAAAAUAAAGUGUUGAUGAAUGUGG